AGGGUUCGAAUUCUUCUCCAGAAGUAUCCAUUCUUCUCUUCGUCCGUCCCAAAGAUUCAAAGUCUCUUCCCUUUCCCGUUUAUCGGCAAAAUCGUCGUUCACCAGCUCCAAUUCGAGUUCCCUGUCUCCGGUAUCGACCCUAAUCUCGUUAGGAUCGGAAAUUGUCUCCGAGUUUUAUCGUUUCCGGCUUCAAGAUUUGAUCUUGCUCGUACGUCGGUGGACCAAUAUUGUGUUUUGAUUCGGUUUCGAAGACUGAGUCUUGCGGGGAUGGACGUGGUGGCGAAGCUGAAGCGGGGGGUCUCGCGGCAGCUCUCGCUGGGGUCGCUGUCGAAGAGCAGGUUCAGCCUCCGGCGGCAGGCCUCGCUCGACCCGAGGCUCGGUAGCGCCAGCCGGUUCACCUUCGGGCGGCAGUCGUCGCUCGAUCCCAACCGGCGGAGCCCCGUGAGGGGGGAGCUCGGUUUGCCGGAGAAUCUGGACGCCACCAUGCGGCUUAUGUUCAUGGCGUGCCAGGGGGACGCCCGGGGGGUCGAGGACCUCCUCAAGGAUGGGUUAGACGUGAACAACAUCGAUCUCGACGGGAGGACGGCGUUGCACAUCGCCGCGUGUGAAGGGCAUGUGGAUGUCGUCAGGCUGUUGCUCAGCUGGCGGGCCAACAUUGAUGCUAGAGAUCGGUGGGGAAGCACGGCUUCUGCGGAUGCUAAGUACUAUGGGAACGAUGAGGUCUACGGUCUCUUGAAGGCCAGAGGAGCCCAAACCCCGAAAACUAGAAAAACUCCAAUGACAGUUUAUAAUCCCCAAGAAGUUCCUGAGUAUGAGCUGAACCCAGCAGAACUUCACUUCCGGCGAGGUGAUGAACUCCAAAAGGGCACAUGUCAAGUAGCUAAGUGGAAUGGAACAAAGGUUUCUGUGAAGAUGCUUGAUCAGGAUGCCUAUUCAGAUCCAGUUGCCAUAAAUUCUUUCAAGAAUGAGCUCACUUUGAUGCAGAAGACUCGACAUCCUAAUGUGGUCCAGUUUAUUGGAGCCGUUACACAGAAUUUACCCAUGAUGAUCGUUUCUGAGCAUCUUCCAAAAGGUGACCUGGGGAGCUAUCUUAAAAAUAAAGGACGCCUACGGAUGAAUAAAGCUCUUCGAUUUGCCCUGGACAUCGCCAGGGGCAUAAAUUAUCUUCAUGAGUGCAAACCAGACCCAAUAAUCCAUUGUCACUUAAGACCAAAAAAUGUUUUGCUAGAUGAUGGUGGUCAGUUGAAGGUGGCAGGCUUUGGCUCGAUUAAGAUGUUGAAAAUAUCUCCUGACAGAUACAAGCUAGUGAAUCCCAUGGCUGAUACUAACAGUUCAUAUAUUGCACCAGAGUUGUACAAGAAUGAAAUAUUUGAUAAAAGUGUUGAUUCAUUCUCUUUCGGUCUUAUCCUUUAUGAGAUGAUCGAAGGAAUUCCAGCUUUCCACACCCACACCAAGGCUCCUGAAGAUGUUGCUAAAAUGAUUUGUUUGGAAGGAAGCAGACCAAUAUUAAAGACUAGAUCUAAGAAUUAUCCUGCUGAUUUAAAUGAGUUAAUCGAAGAAUGCUGGGAUCCUCAGCCCAUGGUGCGACCAACAUUCUCAGAGAUAAUUCUACGACUGGACAAGAUGUAUGCAAAUUGUCCAAAGAAUCGAUGGAAAGACAACUUUAGGCUUCCUUGGAGAUAAUCCCGUGAUAAGUUGGCUCUCACUACGAUGAUGUCGCAGCACAAGUAUGUAAUUCUUGUCGACGGACACUGCUUCCUAAUAAAGAUCAGUUCCUCCUGGUAAAGGACAGCAAUGCUUUGUCAUUCAUUGCAAGCCAGAUUAGAUUGCAAGUUGUAAUAUGUAUACCGAAUAAUAAUCAUCUGAUACAAAUCAAGGCGGUUGUUUGAGAUACCUUUGGAAGAGUCGAUCUUGAUGUUCGGAAGGUUAAUAAAAAGUGUUGGAUUUACUCGAUA